CACGGCACCGGCCAUGGCGGACGCUCGACACGGCCCCUCGACCGUCCCCGGCGAGGCGGGGCAUGCAUACGGUGGCCCUGGGUAUGUCCGGCGGCGUCGACUCGAGUGUGUCAGCGUAUCUGCUGCAGCAGCAGGGCUACAGAGUCCACGGGUAUUAUAUGCGGAACUGGGACGAGCGAGAAGAAACCGGCCACUGUCCGUCGAGUCAAGACUGGGAAGACGUCCAGACUGUCUGCGAUCGCCUCGGCAUCGAAUGCACCAGAGUCGAUUUCACCAAGGAAUACUGGAACUCGGUCUUCACGCCCUUUCUCGAUCAGCUCGCCGUCGGCAACACACCCAACCCGGACAUUCUCUGCAACGAGAAGAUCAAAUUUGGGUCGUUUUUCGACCGCUACCUGCUGUCGUGCCAAGGCCAGCACAAAAUUGCUGCUGACUAUGUAGCCACAGGACACUAUGCCCAGAUGCGUCACGAUCCCGAUGGGUCGUCGCAUCUGAUUCGAGCCGCCGACCGAAACAAGGAUCAAACGUAUUUCCUAUCGACAGUCUCGAUCGCUCGGCUCAAGCGCACGCUCUUCCCGAUCGGCCAUUUGCUCAAGAGCGAUGUCAAGAAGCUGGCUGCAGACCUUGGCCUCCCCGUCGCGCAAAAGAAGGAGAGCAUGGGCAUCUGUUUCAUCGGAAAGCGCAAGUUCUUUGACUUUGUUGAGGAGUACAUCGAGCAAACUCCGGGCGAGUUUGUCUCUGUCGAUGGAGAGGUGCUCGGCACCCAUCCUGGACUCUCAUCACACACGAUCGGACAGCGAGCGUCGCUGCCUUCGGCCACUGGCACCAAGUUUUACGUCGCCGGCAAGAAUUUUGCCAAGAAUCAGCUCAUCGUAGCGUCGAGCGUAUCACAUCCAGCCAUGCUCAGGGACAUUGUCAAGAUCCGCACCAGCGAUUUCACAUGGAUCCAGGGGCAGCCACCGCCGCCUGGACCCGAGUCAGAUGGUAUCAAGACCAUGGCCAAAUAUCGAUAUCGGUCCGAUCCCGUGGCUUGCACCCUGAGCCUGGACGGAGGCCAUGUCGUGUUCAAGUUUGAUUUCCCACAGGUCGGGCUGGCGGCUGGACAGCAUGUCGCCGUUUACGACUCGGAAGGCGAGGAGUGUCUUGGUGGCGGCAGCAUCACCGAGACUGGCCCGUGGCUGUACUCGAGGGAGCUGUGAAAUGCAGCUCCCUCAAGAUGAUUCAACCUUCUGUCUUGAUGGGCAAAGAGACUGGCGAUGGGCGUAUCGCAGCCUCGAAGGAGAGCGAU